GCCAAAAACCUUGGAAACACCCCCACAUAGUUGGAAGCUCCACCAUGGCAGUCCAACUUCUCCUUUCUCUCAUAUUCUUCUUUCUACCCUCUCUCUCCUUGUCUGCCUCCUCCAAUAUCAUCUCCAACGCCGCCCAAGUCCUCUCCGAUAUCGGCAUGGUAUCCAUGUCUCUCACCCUCCAGUACGGUCCCCAAACUCUGAUCCCACAAACUCAAAACCUCACCAUUUUCUCUCCAUCUGAUACUGUCUUCGCUAAGUCCGGUCAACCCUCUCUUUCUCUUCUCCGUUUCCACUUCUCUCCUCAAUCUCUUCCUCUCUCAUUCCUCAAUGCCCUCCCCUUUGGUUCCAAACUCACCACUUUGUCGUCUAGCCACUCCCUGGUCGUAACCUCUUCACCGUCUGAUGAUCAGCUUUCAUUAAAUGGAGUCAAGAUUGGCAAGACACCCGCGUACGAUGAUGGGACUUUGGUAGUCUAUAAACUUGACAAGUUUUUUGAUCCAAGCUUCAAGGUUUCCAAGCAUGGAUGUGUGGUUGCGGAUACGUUUCGUAAUUUUAAUUCAUUUGAUAAAGCCAGCGAAGCUUUAAGGUCAAAAGGGUACUUUGCCAUGGCAUCUUUUCUCGACUCCCAGUUGGAGAGCCCAAAAGCCAAUGCGAAGCUCACAAUCUUUGCUCCUUCUGAUGAAAUGAUAAAGCCAUUUAUGAGCAAUUGGAGCAUGUAUCCAUCAAUUCUUUUAAGGCUCAUCGUGCCUUGUAAUAUUCCAGGGAGAGAUCUGGUUAAUUGGGAUGAGGGGGUAGUGCUAGAGACUUAUUUGGAGGGGUUCAACAUCACUGUUGCAAAAUCUGGUGCCCAUGUAACGAUCAACGGGGCAAAGGUUAUGGUCCGGGACCUGUUUCAAAGUGAUUGGCUCGUUGUUCAUGGCCUCAGUGACAGCGGGGGACUUGGUAGAGUGACUGCAAGAAGCGGCGCGGCCGAGAACUCCAAGUUGGGCAAGAUUUUAUUGGCCACUUGUUGCCUGUUUCUCUCAAAGUUUUUGCUGAGCCAUAAUUACCCAAGUCUUGUGAUUUGGCCAUCUAACCUUUUUUGGGUUCUGAGUAGGUUCAGGCUUUUAGAUGGCUAGGAUUAUGGACUCUGCCUGUUUUUCUUUUCAUAGUCCAAGCGCCCUGUGACGAGAAUAUUUGAAAACAAUCAGGAAAUAGACUCUUUGUCUACAAAUCUUUUGGAUGCAAAUAUUGUUGAGGAAAAUAUGAUUUGGGCUUUUAGUAUAGACUUUGACAGAGUUCUUCGGCUUCGUAAUAAUACAUUUCACAAUCUGCUACUUAAUUGAGAAUGAUGGCA